GCCGCGCUCAGGACCAGGCAAUGAAUAACACAACCGGCUUGGCACCGUUAGGAGCCGGCAGCCGGGAGGAGUUACCGGCGCACCGAGCUUUAACGGGCUGCGUUCUGGCGCUGCUUAUCAUUUGGACGCUUUUUGGCAACUUCACUGUGUGCGCAGCUGUUUGUCGCUUCCGGCACCUGCGCGCCAAAGUGACCAACAUCUUCAUCGUGUCCCUGGCUCUGUCGGACCUCCUGGUCGCCGUGCUGGUGAUGCCGUGGAAAGCCGUAGCUGAGGUGGCCGGUUUCUGGCCAUUUGGGGAGUUCUGUAAGACCUGGCUGGCCUGCGACAUCAUGUGCUCCACGGCCUCCAUCCUCAACCUGUGCGUCAUUAGCGUGGACCGAUACUGGGCCAUCUCUAGCCCUUUCCUCUAUGAGAGGAGCAUGAACAAGAAGGUGGCCUUUGUGAUGAUUGGCGUGACCUGGACCGUCUCCGUGGUCAUCUCCUUCGUCCCCGUGCAGCUGAACUGGCACCGCGCGGGGCUCGGUGAUCCGGACGGAGAGGAUUUGGCGCUCCACGGCGACCGUGUUGACGGGAGCUGUGACUCCAGCCUGAGCCGCACAUACGCCAUCUCCUCCUCCCUCAUCAGCUUCUACAUCCCCGUGGCGAUCAUGAUCGUCACAUACACCCGCAUCUACAGGAUAGCCCAGAUGCAGAUCCGGAUGAUAUCUUCCCUGGAGCGAGCGGCAGAGCACGCGCAGAGUUGCCGCUCGGACGCACCUGAACUAUAUCCACACCUGUGCACGGAAAUCAGCGCAUACCAGUCUCGUAUGAGUGUACAUCGGGAUUCUCAGCGCUCUAAUCAGUCCCACGGGGAGCUGAAAGUCUCCAUCAGGAAAGAGACCAAAGUCCUGAAAACUCUGAGCAUCAUCAUGGGAGUUUUUGUCUGCUGCUGGAUGCCAUUCUUUGUCCUGAACUGCGCUUUGCCCUUCUGUCCCGGACCAGAGGCACCUGGGGCGCAGCGAGGCCCCCACUGUGUCAGCGAGAAAACAUUUGAUGUCUUCGUGUGGAUCGGCUGGAGCAAUUCGUCCCUCAACCCGGUAAUCUAUGCGUUUAACGCAGACUUCAGAGACGCCUUUCUGCGCCUGCUGCGCUGCCGCGGGCGCGGCUGCUGCGCCGCGGUGAGCGCAGCGGUGGAGACGGUGAUGGCGAGCAACGAGGCCGGACAACUGAAGCAGGAGAGCCCACUGGACAUGAAGCUGGACGUGUCCCGUGCCACGAACACCAGGGGCAGCGAGGACAGCGGGAACACCACGGUGACUGUGUUUUAUCACAGAGCGACGUGCCCGGAGCAGGCGACGGACACCGAGGAAAAUAAAGACAAAGACAGACUGACGCAGAUACCCAUAUAAGUGACUCUAUUUAUUCCUAUAUGCGGGUUCAUAGAGCAGGAUAAACAUGCAAAUAAGGUGGAUAGAGGUCACAUCCAGCCCCAGCUUCAGGGACAGGAAACAGAAGCAGUGAAGCUCAAUGUCUUUAUCAGUCACACAUUCAUGUGACCAGAAAGCAGCUUCAUGUACAGAAAAAUGAAAUAUGUGUACAUAAUAAUUUUGUUGAAGAGAGUAGAUGUAUUUUUUAUUCGUUGAUGGGAGAAAGAAAGCUUGUUCACAUGGAUCACUGUGUUUACCCAACAAAGACUUUGUACUCUUUGUAAAACGCAUUGUGACAUCUUUGAGAGCUUGCAAAAUUCAGUGCGAGAUCUACUUCUCCUUCAGCAGGACAAAUAUAGACAGGUCCAGAUCUGGGUAAACAAAGCCAGGCCCAUCAGCAAGAUUAAGAUAAGAUGUUGACUUGUAAUACAUUUUCUGUAGCUGUAGCCCCAAGUAAAAUCAUAAUUUAUUUAUUUUUUAAUUAGUGGCACUAAUUUAAGUUAUUUUCUAUAAGAAACAGCCAUAAACUCUAAAUAAAGGCUGGUCAAAGCUGGGUGCAUUCAUAUUUUUGUUCAGUAUUAGAUUAGAAUUUAUGUUGUUAUGGAUGAUUCACAUUGCUGAAGUAACUAUUCCAAUUUCAAUAGUGUUCUCAGAUGAAAUGUAACUGCAAACAAGGUAAAUAUUUCUCUAAUUUUACUGAAAAACACUGACAUUAAGAUUUACCACUGAGGGAAGGUAUUGUUUGCUUCCAUUCAUAGCCUCUCUCCACCACAGAGAGACAGCCAUCAGAGGUCAGGAUUUCUCUGACUCUCUAGAAAUGGGAUUAUGUAACUAACUCACAUUAGCACCCGUCAGCUGUGCAUCUUGUAUGGAUGCACUCUGCACUCUGUUUCCCCUCUCUAUCCCCUGAAAGAAACAAACAUGAAUAAUUUGUAAAGGUUGUUCCUGUGAAAGAAGCCCUGACCAGUGAGAACAGAGGCUUUUACAGUGACAACCCUGCCCCCUGAUGAA